AUGUCCGAAACCAACCGCCCGCGUCUUGAUCCUUCUCCCGGAGCUUCGGCCAUGACCGACCAAUCCGACCCCAACCCCGGUCCGUCCUCGGACGUGAAACGUCGAUCUAGCAGAACAGAUCCUCGACGACGAUUCGAGUGCACAUAUGCUGGAUGCGGUCGACACUACUCUCGUGCUGAGCAUUUGUAUCGCCAUCAGUUGAAUCACAAUCCCAAAGAGAUCUACAAAUGUGAUUAUCCAGGAUGUACACGUACGUUUGUACGGCAAGACCUCUGUAUUCGCCACAGAGAGCGUCACGAGCAUCGUGGAAAGUCGGCCUCGAGACACCCAGAUCCCACCCGGGAGCCACUGUCUCCGAGGUCUUCCUUGAGCGAGGAAGCGGCCAACACUCCUGGGUCUCCUCCCAAUAUUUUCGCAACGCCCAGGCCAUCCUCGGACGCAUUGCCGUCUCCUCUCCUGGGACGAUCGUCCUUUUCAGGAGAAUCCACGCUCAAGGCCACCGAUCUGCAGGCAAUCAUUCAGCACACCCAGACAAACGGGUUGGACGACCAUGUCACCUCCCCAACCUACCCUCCGUCGCAUCAACAUCAGACGACUUCGCAACACAAUCUUCAUGGCACUCUCCCGCCUCCCGUGCCACCUCGGAACUAUGCAUUGAUCAACAUGCCCUCGGAGCCUCCCUUGUCCCUUCAGAGGUCCCACAGCACGUCCGAAAGUGUGUACGACAGCCUUGAUCCCGCUAUUUUGAGCAAGUCGGAAGCCCGACCAAGCAAUUCGGGGACUCGGGCCACAAAUAAUCCCCCGGGACAAGACAAAUCCACCGCCGCCUUCUCCGUAUCGAAACUGUGCGACCCGCCUUUCAAUGAUUCACCUGUCUCCAUGAGAGAUGAAUUCACGACUUGGCUCUUCGAAGAUGCCGGCGGCCUUCAGACCGCCUCGUUUGCCAUGCCUGGCCCAGGAAGCAUUGGUUUUACAAACGCGUCGGACGCGUUUGGCAAUGCAAUCUACUCCAACUAUUUUGCUGACCCGUCAUUGGACCAUGCUUACCCCGGUAUGAUGCAACCGCGGACAGUUGAACCCACGAACAAAGUCCUCGAGCUUUCCGGAGAUAGUACCUUAUUGUCGCAUGCGAAACGCAAGUCCCUGAUUACCUUGAUGGAAUAUCGAUUUAACGAAGGGGACAAUCCAUUCAUCCGACAGCUCCGAGAGGAGAUAUUCCAGGGGAACCUCGAUGCCGAGGAUCACGUUCUGAGCAUUCGCUCGAUGCAGCAUUACAUUGGCUCUUACUGGUAUCAUUUCCAUUCUCAGAUGCCGAUCCUGCAUCAGCCCACCUUCUCGGCCGAAAACAUUCACGAGUACCUGCUCCUCGCCGUCAUGACCAUUGGUGCGGCAUAUCUAAAUAAAGCUCACGGGCGGUCCGUGACGGAUGCAGCCGCCCAGCUGGCUACGUUUAUUGCCUGGCAUCUGCGGUGGCAAGUGUUCAUGCAUAACGAUUUCCAUCCUCCGGCCAAGUUGUGGGUCUUCCAAACCCUCAUCCUAUUGGAGAUAUUCGAGAAGAUGAACGCGACAAGGAUGUUUCAUGAGCGCUCCCACAUCCAUUAUGCGACGACGAUCAAUUUGAUGCGACGGGGAACAGCCCUCGUGGACACGGCGAACCAAGAGUCCGCCCGCCUGCCCUCGACUGCUGAGGAAUGGUGGAGUCGUUGGAUCACAGCAGAAGCGACUCGUCGAGCCGCUUUCGCAGCGUUCUUCCUCGAUGCCGUGCAUGCCAACAUCUUUGGUCAUUCAUCCAUGAUGGUGGUGCACGAAGUGCGUCUACCUCUGCCCUGCGAUGAUGCCUUGUGGUCGGCCACGUCCGCGGCGGAAGUCGGUCGCGUGGAAGCCAGCUUGCACGCCAAUGGCAUCAAGCCCACGACGUUCUUGGAUGGGCUGAAGAAGACAUUGACCGGUCGCAAAGUCCGCACCAACAACUUUGGGAGAAUGAUCUUGAUGGCGGGCUUGUUAUCGGUGUCGUGGCAUAUGAAUCAAAGAGAUCUCCAAGUUUCCAGUCUGGGUGUCUCUCAAACGAUGGGGGUCCCAGAUGGAUGGCGGACUCCCUUGACCAAGGCUUUUGACUUCUGGAAGAAAGAUUUCGAUGAAAACCUCGAGCACAUGCGAAGAGCGGCGCUCCCCUGGCAAAAGAAUGACACCGUGUCCGGUGACGAGGAUACGGCGAAGACGGCCAACGUUCUCCACCAUAUCAGCCAAAUUGCCAUGAAUGUGGACAUCUUGGAUUGUCAGAUCUUUGCAGGCAUCAAGAGACUCUUUGGUCGCAACAUCUCCAACGCCGAUUAUGAGAGAGUCAAAGCCAAAAUUUUUGACUGGUCGAAAGGCCCGAGUGCGAAGGUGGCCGUGUAUCACUCACUUCAACUGUUGAAAUCCGUGAUUUUACCCGGCAGAGAUGGAUCGAAGAAGCUUUACAAUGCUCGCGAUGACUACCUGUUGAUGAGACCAUGGUGUGUGUAUAUGGCCGCCCUGGUUGUUUGGUCUUAUGGAUUUGCCUUGGAUGGUGUUCUGCGACCAUUUCCCAGCCUUCUUCAACCCGCGUCCUCGCCCGGAGCUGCGUCGGUGCUGUCUCACAGUCCCACCCAUUCGAUGCUGAGCAUGGCGCAUGAUGGCAGUGAGCUCCAGAUCGAAGCUGUCGUGAAGGAUGCACAUGCCUUUCUCCAGACUGUGGGUGCCGUCAAAGGCCCGCAACAACUGGACUCGAUCAAAGACGGGAGGAACAAUGUCGUCGGUGUUUUAACGAUUUUGGAAACGGCCUUCCGUGAAUCAAGAUGGGAAUUGUUACAUGAAGCUGCCGACCUCCUUCGCAACGCCAUUAUGCUGCUCAGAGGAGCCAGCCGCACAUGA